AUGAAAGGCUUUUGGAACUUAACGAGUACCUUUUCUCUUACUCUUUCUAUACUUUUCUUAUUCGGCUACAGUUAUGAGGACGUGUCUGCGGUUCCAACUACGCACUUGUGUCGUCCGGAACAAAGGGAAGCACUUCUCCAGUUCAAGAACGAGUUUGAGGUUCUAAACUCUUCCUCUUCUUAUUAUAGAUGUAUUUAUAGUGGUAUUAAACCUCAUGGGAAGACAGAGUCAUGGAUGAAUAGCAGCGACUGCUGUAACUGGGAGGGUAUCACGUGCGAUGCCAAAUCCGGUGAAGUGAUUGGGAUAGACCUUAGUUGCAGCUACCUAGGUGGCCGAUUUCAUUCCAAUAGCAGUCUUCAAAGCCUUCAUUCUCUAAACACUCUAAACCUUUCAAGAAAUGGUAUUAGUGGUCAAAUCAUGUCUUCUAUCAGAAACCUUUCUCAUCUCACCUCUCUCGACCUUUCAGAAAAUGUUUUCAGCGGUUUCAUUCUUUCUUCGAUAGUAGACCUUUCUUAUCUCACCUUUCUCGAUCUUUCAUUUAAUAGCUGUUCUGGUCAGAUUCCAUCUUCGAUUGGAAAUCUUUCUCAUCUCACCUAUCUUAACCUUAAUUUGAAUCAAAUUUCGGGUAAGAUUCCAUCUUCGAUUGGAAAUCUUUAUAACCUCGCUUAUCUUGGCCUUUGUGGGAACAAUAUUGUUGGAGAAAUCCCAUCUUCUUUUGGAAAUCUAAACCAGUUGACAAGAUUAGAUGUUAGUCUCAAUAGGCUCAAUGGAAGCUUUCCCAUUGCACUACUGAAUUUGACAAAGUUGUCAUCUUUAGAACUCUAUGAGAAUCACUUCACAGGAACAAUUCCUCAUAACAUCACUUCACUAUCCAAAUUGACGUAUUUUGAUGCAAGUAACAAUGCUUUCACUGGGACCCUGCCGUCUUCCCUCUUCACCAUUCCUUCUAUUGAAUAUGUUAGAUUGUCUGAUAACCGAUUCGAUGGUAUUCUUGAGUUUGGGAAUAUAUCUUCACCACCUAAGCUGCAAAGGUUAAACGUUAACAGAAACAACUUGAGAGGGCCAAUCCCGGCCACGAUAUCCAAGUUUACCAACCUUGUCGAACUUCACCUUUCCAAUUACAAGACACAAGGUCCAGUUGACUUUAGUAUCUUCUCACAUCUCAAGUGGCUCAAACUUCUUUUUAUAUCCGAUUUGAACACGACCACUACGAUUGACUUGAAUGAUUUCUUGUCGUAUUUUAAGAGGCUCGGUCUGUUGGAUCUCUCAGGCAAUCAUGUUUCAGUCACAAACAAGAGUACAAUUUCAGAUUCUUCUUCUUUGUAUCAGUUGUACUUGUCAGGCUGCGGUAUGACCGAGUUUCCGGAGUUUGUAAGAAACCAACAUAUGUUGUUUCUAGACAUUUCCAACAAUAAAAUCAAAGGUCAAGUGCCUGGCUGGUUAUGGACGCUACCAAAUCUUACUUACCUGAAUCUUUCCAACAAUACUUUCACUGACUUUGAAAAACCAACAACAGUUUUAGUUUCAAGGCUAUCUAGCCUAAACUUGCUUGCCUCCAACAACAACUUUACCGGAAAGAUUCCCUCUUUCAUAUGUGAUUUGAGCUCUGUAUACAUUCUUGAUUUAUCAAACAACAACUUCAGUGGAUUAAUCCCUCGUUGUCUGGGUAAUUUCAAGCGUACUCUUGAAGUUCUAAACCUUCGUCAGAAUCGUCUCCAUGGAGGUCUUCCGGAGAAUAUAUUUGAAAGCUUAAUAACGCUUGACGUCGGUCAUAACCAACUGACUGGAAAGCUUCCAAGAACUUUGAUUCAUUCCCCUUAUCUUGAAGUUCUGAACGUGGAAAGCAACUUUAUCAAUGAUACGUUUCCGUUCUGGUUGAGUUCUCUACCACAACUAAAAAUUCUUGUGUUACGCUCCAAUGCUUUCCAUGGACCGGUACAUCAUACUUCGUUCCCUAAAUUGCAAAUCAUCGACAUAUCGCACAAUCACUUCAAUGGAGCUUUCCCUUCACACUACUUUGUGAAGUGGAGUGCUAUGUCAUCACUUGGGACAAUUUAUGAAAAGCCGGAUUUAAUGUACAUGGGAGAUUCAUAUUACCAUGAUUCAGUGGUGUUGAUGAAUAAAGGUCUAGAGAUGAAGCUAGAACGUAUCCUAAAGAUCUACACAGCACUCGACUUUUCAGGGAACAAAUUUGAAGGAGAGAUCGCAAGGUCCAUCGGUCUAUUAAAAGAGCUUCAUGUGCUCAACUUGUCUAACAAUGCUUUCACUGGCCACAUCCCUUCAUCUAUGGGAAACCUGACAGCUCUUGAGUCACUAGACGUUUCCCAAAACCAGCUUUCAGGAGAAAUUCCGCUAGAGCUAGGGGAACUCUCAUUCCUUUCCUACAUGAACUUCUCUCAUAACAAGCUCACAGGUCUAGUACCAGGCGGUACUCAGUUUCGAAGGGUGAAUUGCACUUCCUUUGAGGAUAAUCCGGGACUUUUUGGCCCUUCUCUUGACGAAGUUUGCAGAGAUAUCCACAUGCCAACACCGCAUGAAACACCAGAAUCAGAGGAAGAAGAAGAGGAAGAGGUGUUGAGUUGGAUAGCAGCUGUAAUAGGAGUCAUACCUGGUAUUGCCUUUGGAUGGGUGAUUGGAUACAUACUUUUUUCCUACAAACCAGAGUGGUUCAUCAACCCUUUUGUCCGAAACAAACGCAGACGCAACCGCACCACAACUCAUUAAAAAGAUCUUUUAUAGCCUGCCUGAGGAAUCUGAAAGAAGAAAUACAAAGGAACCACUAUGUCUAUCCGUAUCAAAUAAGAUUUGGGGUAUCGUUUCCCUGUUCUUUUUGCUCUUUCAUUUUUGAUAUCCAAGAAAAAUUAUAAAGAAGAAUGAAAGGUUUUUGGAACUUAACGAGUACCAUUUCUCUUCCUAUACUUUUCUUAUUCGGCUACAAUUAUGAGGACGUGUAUGCAGUUCCUACCACGUGCUUAUGUCAUCCGGAACAAAGGGAUGCACUUCUUCAGUUCAAGAACGAGUUUGAGGUUCUAAACUCUUCCUUUGAUUAUGAUUAUUGCAUUAUUUAUGAUAUUAAACCUCAUCGGAAGACAGAGUCAUGGGUGAAUAACAACGACUGCUGUACUUGGGAUGGUAUCAUGUGCAACCCCAAGUCUGGUGACGUGAUCGAGCUAGACCUUGGUUGCAGCAACCUACGUGGCUGGUUUCGUUCCAAUAGCAGUCUGCAAAACCUUCAUUCUCUAACCACCCUAAACCUUUCACUUAAUGAUUUUAGUGGUCAAAUCAUGUCUUCAAUUGGAAACCUUUCUCAUCUCACCUCUCUCGACAUUUCUUGGAAUAAUUUCAGCGGGUUCAUUCCUUCUUCGAUUGGAAGCCUGUCUCAUCUCACCUAUCUUGACAUUUCUUCUAAUCAAAUUUCAGGUCGAUGUACAUGGGAUAUUACUUUUACCAUGAUUCAGUGGUUUUGAUGAAUAAAGGUUUAGAGAUAGAGCACUCGACUAUUCAGGAAACAAAUUUGAAGGAGACAUCCCAAGGUCCAUUGGUCUAUUGAAAGAGCUCCAUGUGCUCAACGUUUCCCAAAACCAGCUUUCAGGAGAAAUUCCGCAAGCGCUAGGGAGCCUCUCAUUCCUUUCGUACAUGAACUUCUCUCAUAACCAGCUUACUGGUCUAGUACCAGGAGGCACUCAGUUUCGAAGGCUCAACUGCACUUCCUUUGAGGAUAACAAGGGACUUUCUGGCCCUUCUCUUGACGAAAUUUGCAGAGAUAUUCACACGCCAACACCGCAUGAACUGUUGGAGUCAGAGGAAGAAGAAGAAGAAGAAGAGGAAGAGGUGUUGAGUUGGAUAGCAGCUGUCAUAGGAGUCAUACCUGGUAUGGCCUUUGGAUGGGUGAUUGGAUACAUACUUUUUUCUCGCAAACCAGAGUGGUUUAUGAACCCUUUUGUCCGAAACAAACGCAGACGCAGCAGCACCACAA